AUGAAUGACAUAGUUAGUGGCGAGAAAUAUAAAGUGAUAGAGAUGGAUCAAUCUGACUUUGUCGAUAUAAAAAUGCUUAUUGAAGGCCGAAAUUGGACGCAUGACUCUGAGGGAAAUAAAAUAUUGUGGUCCAAUAUUAUGGAAGUUGUUGCGGGUACUCAUGAGGGUAUACUGAACUUAAAAUACAGUUUUGAAGAAGAUUAUAUUAUAGAGUUCCACGCGCAUACGGAGUUACACACACAGGGAGCUACAAUGGACCACAACUGGUCGACG